AUGAAAAAUAUAGAACAUGGUCCAGAUGCAACAGUAGUAACCGUUGUACCAAUAAUCAAAAUAGAAGAAAUUAUUGGUCAAAUAAUUCGUGCAAUUGAAGGAACAGCAGAAAAUGAAUAUCAAUUCAUAAAGAGUUGCAAAGAUUUCUUUCAAUAUGAAGAGCCACAAAGGGUAGAAUUAAAUGGAUCAGGUGAUUUUGGUUAUAUUAUUUCUAUGAAGAAAUCCAUUCAAAGUUUUUUAAAUAAACCAGAUGUUAUGGAUUUAUUGAUUAG